CUAUGUACUAAUCGCGAUGAAUAUCUCUCACGGCCAACAGUGAACGCACACUUUCACUCGUUCGGGCGCGAAAGCAUUGAUAACUUUGUUCUGUCCGGUCGCGAUCUCCAGGCAGGUGGCUCCUGGUUCGGCAUUAACCGUGUCGGGCGUGUCGCUCUUCUAACAAAUAUUUCUGAAGAGGUUAGCGUCCGUUUCAGGGAAUCCAGAGGGCACCUUGUUUCGUCGUUCCUGCUCCCAGAAGCUCAGGAUAAGGAACACUGCGCAAGAAUACUUGCAAACAACCACUCUGCCGAGUAUGCCGGAUUUAACAUACUUGUCCUAACGCCUUCGAGCGACAGAGAAGACGGUUCGCUUGCAUAUGAAGCAUUGCUGAUCACUAAUUGCAAGGGUGGCGGUGCAAUUACCGGUCGUACCCUUUAUACUGAAGAAAGGCGUGUAGGUGGGGUCUCGAACGGCGUAGACAGUGUCAAUGGGAGGAGUUGGCCGAAAGUCAAGACGGGAGAAGCUUGCCUAGCGGAAGUUCUCUACAAACACCAGGGAACUCCGGCGCGUCUAUCCGAGGACGAGCUUGUCGAACGCUUAUUCGGCAUUCUGUCAAAGCAGACUUCGCCGCCACCAAACAACCGCUUUCAGCUGCGAACGUCGAUCGAGAUCCCGCCGUUGCGCAUGUCCGGCAGUUUAUCUCCCGAUGCCAGACCAGCUGACGGGCACAAUUUCUAUGGCACACGCCUUUCGACUGUUCUGCUGGUACGCCGGGACGGUCGUGUUCUGUUUAUUGAGCGGGACGUCUGGAGACUGGAUGACGAGGGUAAUGCUGUCCGAGGAGAUCCGCGGAAGGAACGUGUCUUUCGCUUUAGGCUAGAUGGGCAUGGUCAGGAUUGA